AUGGACAUGGACGGAGAUAUCCCAAUGGAAGAAGUUUCCGAAUCUCGUUUGGAUCCAAGUUUGGAAGAUGAUGAGCACGCAGAUCACAACCCAAAUUAUUCUUUUAGUCAACCUUUUGAGCCAAAAGAGGGCCCAAUCCCAGCAUUACCAAAGAGUAGCGUUAAUCAGUUAGAUCAAUGGAUUGAACAGUUAAGCAAUUGUCAGCCUUUGAGUGAAGAAAACGUUGGAAAUCUUUGCAAAAUGGCCCAAGAUGUUUUGCAGUUUGAAGCUAAUGUUCAGCCAGUGAAUGUGCCAGUUACAAUAUGUGGGGAUGUCCAUGGUCAAUUCCAUGACUUGAUGGAGCUUUUCAAGAUUGGUGGCCCUUGUCCCGAUACAAAUUAUCUAUUCAUGGGUGAUUAUGUUGAUAGAGGUUACUAUUCCGUUGAAACUGUUAGUUACUUGGUGGCGAUGAAAAUUAGAUAUCCAAAUAGAAUUACGAUAUUGAGAGGUAACCAUGAAUCAAGACAGAUCACUCAAGUUUAUGGUUUCUAUGAUGAAUGUUUAAGAAAAUAUGGUAGUGCAACUGUGUGGAAAUUAUUUACAGAUUUGUUUGAUUAUUUCCCAAUUACUGCUUUGGUUGAUAAUAGAAUUUUCUGUUUACAUGGUGGGUUGUCUCCAAUGAUUGAAUCUAUCGACCAAGUGAAAGAUUUGAACAGAAUUCAAGAAGUUCCUCACGAAGGACCAAUGUGCGAUUUGUUGUGGUCUGAUCCAGAUGACAGAGGUGGAUGGGGUAUCAGUCCUAGAGGUGCAGGUUUCACAUUCGGGCAAGAUAUAUCAGAACAAUUCAAUAGAACUAAUGAUUUAAGUCUAGUCGCAAGAGCUCACCAGUUGGUUAUGGAAGGUUAUUCCUGGUCACAUCAAGAAUUGGUGGUUACCAUUUUCUCUGCACCAAACUAUUGUUAUAGAUGUGGUAACCAAGCUGCGAUCAUGGAAGUUGAUGAGCAACAUAAUAGACAGUUCUUACAAUAUGACCCAAGUGUGAGACCCGGCGAACCAACAGUGACCAGAAAGACACCAGAUUAUUUCUUGUAA